CACUGAUCAUCAUCUCCUUCCCUUUUCCAGACGGUAUUGAUCAACCCGGGGCUUUACGUCAGUAUUGAUAACUUUGCAAAAAGCAAAAAUCAAAUGCAAUUGUCCAGUUAAUGUUGGGACGGCGGCACGGAUACAGUUGCUCUUUACUUUUUUCACAGACUCGGGCACUUCGCCAAAAAAAAAAAGAAAAAAAAAUUAUAUCAUCUACUUUUUUUUCCUUCUCCUUCUUCUUACUUCAAAACAUGUUAGUAGGCUUAAUGUCAAACCUGUCGCUGGACUCUUGUGACUUUUUUCUAAAAGUGCGACCGGUGAUGGUAAACGCUGUUUAACGAGGGGGGAAUCCAGCCCACAUAUUUAUUGCAGCCGCUGAAAAAAAUCUCCUCAAUAUCCCCCAAGAUGGCCGCCGAUGUAGGAUCGAUGUUUCAAUAUUGGAAGAAAUUUGAUCUACGGCGGCUUCAGAGGGAGCUAAACUCUGUAGCGUCUGAGCUGGCGGGUCGACAAGAGGAGAGCGAACAUUCCCACAAGCACCUGGUAGAGCUGAGCAGGGAGUUCAAGAGAAAUGUACCUGAGGAAGUCCGGGACAUGGUGGCACCUGUUCUCAAGAGUUUCCAAGCCCAGGUGGUCGCUCUGAACAAGCGCAGUAAGGAGGCCGAGUCUGCGUUCCUGGGAAUCUACAAGCAGCUUAUCGAGGCCCCAGAUCCGGCUCCUGUGCUGGAGGCCUCGCACACCCUGGAGGGGAGGCUGCAGCAGCUUCAGAGUUCAGCCCCAGACAGCAAGGCCCUGGUGAGGGAGAUCAGCGGGCACUGGAAGAAACACCUGGAGUGCCUUGAAAAGACAGAGCCCACAAAGGACGGCCCAGCGGUCUCGGGGGCAGCGGUGACAGGAGACGCCCCAGAAUCCAGCUCUCCGGCCUCCCUGAUGACCCCCAACAGCACACCGACUCCAGGGGCCCCUGGCUCCCCGCAGCAGAACUGCCAGGACCGAGCUGAACAGGACGAACGAGGGGAGGAGGAGGAGGAGGAGAGCACUGACGCGAGUUUGGCUGACAGACUAUCAGAGGCCGAGGAGAAGAUCAAGGUUCUGCAUUCAUCUUUGAACACUGCACAGGCAGAGCUGCUGGACCUGCGGUGUAAAUACAACCAAGAGAUGACGAACAAGGCAGAGGAGGUCGACGCCAUCAUGGCGAAUCUCGAGAAGGCGAACCAGAGAGCGGAAAUGGCCCAGAGAGAAGUGGAGAGGCUAAAGGAGCAGUUAGCCAGUGGUCAGAGUGGCACCACAGGGAGUUCCCAUCCAGCAGAGGGCACUAGCAGGGAGAAGAACGAGGUGUUGCCCUCUCAGCUGGAGGCAGCCCUGCUGGCUAAAGACCGCGAAAUCCUCCGUCUCCUAGAAAACAUCCAGCGGCUGCAGUUCACGCUACAGGAAGUUCAGGAGAAUUCAGCCAAUCAGAUCCUAGAGCUGGAACGCCAGCUGGCCUAUAAGGCAGAAGCUAUCGAGAGAUUAGAAGCUAAACUGCAGUCCCAGAUGGACUAUGAGGAGAUUAAAACUGAACUCAGCAUCCUAAAGGUGAUGAAGCUGGCUUCUGCAAAUGGCAGCUCAUCCCAGGAUUCUGCCAAGGCUGCAGAAGCUCUUUUGCUGGAUAAAGAGGCUUUUCUUCCAUCUCACAAGUACCUGAUGGAUAAGGCUCGCAUUUUGCACAGCAACGAUGAUGACCAUUCUGAGGAUGCAGGCAGAGAGACAGGCAGGCCGCCCGCCUCCCACUCGUCUUCCUCUCAGGCGGACGGCCGUGCCUCCCCGAGCCCCGGCCCCCUGACCCUGGACAGCUCCUCCUCCGGCCACGAUCUCCCUCGACCCUUCUCCGUGUCACCGUGCUCUGGGGACCGGCUGUCGGGAGACCACCUCCUCCACAAGCAGCUCCUCUCCCCACAUUUUAAAAAGGAGGGCCUCAUGGCUUUUCCCACCGCCCUCUAUGCAGCCAAAGUCGCCCUCAUGUCAGCUACUCAAGGGUCGGCGGGGGGCGGCAGCGUCGACGCCGGCUUACCCAGCGACCAAUCAGAAAGCGGCAGCUCGACCGCGGGGGACGAGGACCAACUGGACACGGCGGAGAUAGCCUUCCAGGUGAAAGAGCAACUGCUGAAGCAUAACAUCGGCCAGCGCGUGUUUGGCCACUACGUGCUGGGCCUCUCCCAGGGCUCGGUCAGCGAGAUCCUGGCCCGGCCCAAACCCUGGAGGAAGCUGACUGUGAAAGGCAAAGAACCCUUUAUUAAGAUGAAGCAGUUCCUCUCAGACGAGCAGAACAUCCUGGCGCUCAGGACCAUCCAGGUCCGCCAAAGAGGGAGCAUCACUCCGCGCAUCCGAACUCCUGAAACUGGGUCAGACGACGCCAUUAGGAAUAUCCUGGAGCAGGCCAAGAAGGAGAUCCAGUCCCAGCGGGGAGGUGAUGGCAAGACGUCUCUGAGCGCCUCAUUAGGCCGCAGCAGUAAUGGGGCGGGCAGCAGCUCUGACGACACCAUAAAGAGUAUCCUAGAACAGGCCAGGAGGGAGAUGGAGACCCAGCAGCAUACCCUGAUGGAGAUGGAGGCCUGUGGUAGAGCCUCAACUGCCAGCUCAGGAGCUCAGGUGGAACGCUUGGGGCCACCAGAGCGCUCCAGGGGCCUCCCUUUACCAAUCUCCAUCAAACAAGAGGAGGGGGGCUGCGUCACCGUCUGCAUGGCCAAUCCCAUCAGCAGCCCCCAGACGCCCCUCAGCGUCCUUUCCCCAGCCGCUUUCGUCCAGAACAUCAUCCGCAAAGUCAAAUCAGAGAUCGGCGAAGCAGGCACCUUUUUCGACCAGCACUGGUCUCACGAGCGGGGUCCCAUGAGUCUGAUCGGCGGAGGCGGCUCUCGACCCUUCACUUCGGUCUCCCCCUCCCUGUCUUCCUCCUCUUCCGGGCCCUCGGCUCUGCCCAGGCCGUGGCCCCGCCUGGAGAACGGAGAGUGUCUCCCCAACAGCGAGGAGGCCUCCGCCGCCGAGGAUGAGCUGGUGCUGAGCCGGCCGGUGGAGGUGAAGGUGGAGUCGGACACAUCGGUGAGCGGCGAGUCUCCGGGCCCCGGCCCUGGACGGCUCUCCUAUUACCCGGCGUACAUCCCCCGCGCCCUCAAGCCCACCGUGCCACCGCUGACCCCAGAGCAGUACGAGUUGUACAUGUACAGAGAGGUGGACACCAUCGAGCUGACCAGGCAGGUGAAGGAGAAGCUGGCCAAGAACGGCAUCUGUCAGAGGAUCUUUGGUGAAAAGGUGCUGGGUCUUUCUCAGGGCAGCGUGAGUGACAUGCUGUCUCGGCCCAAACCCUGGAGCAAGCUGACCCAGAAAGGCAGGGAGCCCUUCAUCCGCAUGCAGCUGUGGUUACUGGACCAGCUAGGCCAGAGUCUCAGCCAGCCCCCGAACCAGGGCCACACUCAGGAUAAAAGCCCAGUGACGGCCCACUCUUCGCCCUCCCCACCCCCGAGCCCAGCGGAGAGCCAUCCCAGUCCCCUGGUGGAACCGGUAAGCCUCUCCCUGGAGAGCAGCAAGGAGAACCAGCAGCCUGAGAGCCUGGUUCUAGGUCUGCCCCCCAACCCAGAUGGAGGAAAGUCCACCCCAAGCCUCAUGACCCUGCAUCAGCCCACAAACCCACUGGGCAUCCAGGAGCUGGUCGCCAUGUCUCCGGAGCUGGACACGUACGCCAUCACCAAGAAGGUGAAGGAGGUGCUAACAGACAACAACCUAGGUCAGCGUCUUUUCGGGGAGACCAUCUUGGGUCUGACUCAAGGCUCCGUGUCUGACCUGCUGUCCAGGCCUAAACCUUGGCACAAACUCAGCCUGAAAGGCAGGGAGCCGUUUGUCCGCAUGCAGCUUUGGCUCAACGAUCCUCACAACGUGGACAAGCUGAGGACCAUGAAGAAGAUGGAGAAGAAAGCCUAUCUGAAGAGGCGGUACGGCCUGCUGAGCACCGGCUCAGACAGCGACUCGCCCAGCACUCGCUCCGAGUGUGUGAGUCCAGCUUUGGCCUCGCUGGACCUGUGUCCCUACAGCCAGGUGAAGAAGCCUCGGGUGGUGCUGGGAGCUGAGGAGAAGGAAGCCCUGAGGAAGGCCUACCUGCUGGAGCCCUACCCCUCUCAGAACACUAUUGAGAUGCUGGCCUCGCAGCUCAACCUGAAAACCAACACCGUCAUCAACUGGUUCCACAACUACAGGUCCAGGAUGCGACGGGAGGUGCUGAUGGAAGGUCUGCCAGACAAUGACACAGACGCUGAGCACCACAGCUACUCGCCCUCAGCGACACGGAGCCCCCACUCUGAUGGAGAGGAGAGGAGGCUGCAGCAGCUCUCAGGACACAUCCACUCCAGCCACCCUCUCAGCGCCAACACCGCACCACCUCACGUCAAACAGGAGGCAAUAGACAGGGAAGACGAGGGGGGCGAGGGCUCCCUGAAGCAGUCGAGAGUUCAGUGUUUUUCCACGGCAGUGCAGUUCCCACAGUUGAAAAGCGAGCACGAGGACUCCAUCGCUGGCUGUCGCGAGCCUCACUUGGCCGGCCAGAGCCUGAGGCAGGAAGAGGGGAUGUGCAGCCAGGCUCAGGGGCUCUAUCCUGGCGCUGUCUCCAUAGACGGUCCGCAGAGAGCCAACCAGUCCAGGCACGAGGGAGAGGACUCCGGAAAGUCGCCCGUCGACCCGGUCAGCUUCAAGGCCUCGUCGGAGCCCUGUCGUAGCAGCCUGGAGGUGUCCCUCAACUCCCCCUCCGCUGCGUCCUCACCUGGCCUCAUGAUGUCAGUUUCUCCUGUGCCCUCCUCUUCCGCUCCCAUAUCGCCCUCGCUGCCCAACCCGCCCUCAACGAGCACCAAUCACAGCCAGGACCCAAACCCACUCCUGCCCUUCCAGAGCCCCAAACUCAACAGAAGCACUCAGAGACGCAAUGAGAAAAUGGCCAACCUCAAUAACAUCAUCCAUAGGCUGGAGAGGGCGGCCAAUCGAGAGGAAACACUGGAGUGGGAGUUUUAAUCCCCCAUUUACUCGUAUCCAGUCCUGAUGACCCUCGCGGCACAGGAGAGUCUCAAACAGAAGCUUCCUGAAGACUUGGAGUGGAGCCUGGCUCCUGAAGGCCUGUCCUCCCAGGCUUAAAACUGAUUGGAAAUGGGAACAUGGAGCUAAACAUACGGCGAAACUCCCUACAAGAACUUAGAGUUGAAAAAAAGGUUUAUAAAUGUGUAUUUGUUUUUUGUUUUUUUUUCUUUUUUUUUAAGGCAUACUACUUUGAAAUAAAUGUGACAGCACUAGCUGUUCUUUUACCUAUUGGACUUGACAUGAAGACUUUUGCAGCUAUGGUGUCAUAAAAUGUACACUGAAGUUCUGUAGAUUGCCACUGGGUGAGAUUAAAAAAAGACCCCUGUCUUAAGCCAUUAAAAGCACUAUAACUAUUUGAAAAGAGACAUUGACCAAAUUUGCUACUUUUUGAAUAGCAAUUUUUCAGAUUUUGUCUGUAAGACUGGACAGUUUAAGUCAAGUAACAUGAAAUCCUAUUACUGACUGAGGGAUAGUCCUUUAAGACUCUAAAUAUUCAACAUCUUGUAUGUACUUAGUUUCUUGGUGAUAUGUUUUGAAAUAUUUGUAACUCACACGUAUAAAAUGUGGUUGUACAUGUUGUAGAAUUGUCUGCAAUAGCCUUCUCUAAACCUGAUGUAGCAUGGUACUCACCUGACCCUGUUAUCCUCUGUAGUUAGUCACCUGUGAUUAUACUUGAGCGAAAACAAGAGAAAAAAAAAAAGUUGAAAACCCUGCAAAAAAUAACAAAAAAGGAAACGUUAAAUCUAAUGAGUAGAGUACUUUUAGUGUUUUCUUUUCUUUUCUUUUCUUUUUUUCUUUGGAUAAUCCUUGAGGUUUACAGUUUAGGGCCCGUGUGCUUUUGGUAGUAAGUGAAACAUUCACUCCACACGAGCACAGUUUACAUGAUUUCUUUCAGACUUACCUCUCUGACCCUCUAAGGCACUGGUUCUCAGACUGUAAUGGGCCAAGACACAGGACACCCGGUUUACCUCAGAUUAACGGUGAUGCACAUCAUGCUAUGACCACGCAUUUCAUUCUUAUACAUGAACAUGACCCACGCGUAUUUGAAUAAACGGAGGGGGAAAGUACUCAUCAAACACGUAGCAAAGGGGAUGAGUUUUAAAUAAGCAAGAUCAGUCUUUUACACAGAAUAUGCUGCUGUUUGAUUAAAAUAGGGAGCUAGUAAUUCACUUGUCGGUUACCCCGCAGGUAACCUACAAUGAUUGAGUGCACUUUCUCAAAAUGGGUCAUUAACUGUAGCUAGAAUAAUGUAUACUUGACAAAACACCUCAACCUCUGAGCACUGGCAUGGUGUUUAAGGUAACGUUGUGAGCGACACUACAGUGCUGUGAAUUGAUCUCCUUUGGGGCUAAAGCUCACAGUAUUUGAGAGCAUGAUACGUACAGUAUGACCUCUCAUCCACAUGAAAACGUUCAGUUUGUAAGUACACUAUAUUCAAGGACACAAAAAGGUUACAGGUAUCCCCUCAUAUUAUCUUUGACCACUUGUGUAUUGUGUCUGUAGUUUCUUUGUCAUGCUUGCAAGAUGUUCUUUAUGUAUUUUGCCUCUAUUUUAUACUCAGAACAGUUAACUAGAUAUUCAAUACCUCGUGUAUGAACUACUUACAGCACUUAGAUUUUGAUAAUUGUGAGGACUCAAGAAAAAUUUCAAAUAUCAACAUUAUCCUUAACUUAGUGUCCACAAGUCUUUGCCUUUACUGUAUCGUUGAAGUUGGUAGUUAACACUUGCACAUGUCUACAUAGUUCAGAGGACUUGGAUUGUAUUAGAGAUAUAUAUUACACAAUUACUAAAAAAAAUAAUAAUAUCUUACAUUCUUGGAACAAAAUGUGCUGAUUAUAUUGAAAUAGAGUGUACAGAUUUAAUAAACCAAACCCAUUCAAGCCAGUUCUGGUCUGGCAAGCUUGCCCACGUUUUAGACCUUCUCUCAGGGUAGUCUUGCUUUUUAAAGCUUUACUGAAACAGUUGCUCUCAUCCGUGGUGGUGACUAUGACAAACAUUAUGUGGUGUGGAGAAUGACUCCGUUAUAUAUUAAUUGGACCUGUGGAAGUUGUGUGUAUAUGAGAUUUGCAACUUUCGCAGGAAGCAGUGAUUUGUUGGAGAGUUGUUGCUGUUUUGUAAUUCAUUACACAGAUGUGUCAAAGUACACUGUAGAUUGGAACUACCAGGAUGAGGCUGAUGGGUUGUUGCAUUUUUGAGAUCAGUAGACUUUGCUCUCUAAAAUACUGUUGGUUUUUUCUUUUUCUCUUGGAGCCACAGAAGAUUUUUCUCUGGUUUUCGUACCACCAUUUUUUGUGCAUAUUAUACUGUAUGAUUAGAAGUGGCAUUUCUUAUGUGGAAAUCUCAUUGUCUUUCAUGGUAACAUGGGCAUAUGACUGAAAAACAAAUGUAUUUACCCAGACCAUUAUCUCUUCAUGUAAAGCUCAUCUCAUUGUUUUGCAUGCAAAUCCAUUCUGGUCACAUGACAAGGGAUAGACUGUGUUUUUGUGUUGUUGUUCUAGCACAGGGACAUUGAAUCAGCACUUAAGUCUUUUUACAUUAGUGAAGUCCACGCAUGGUGCAGCUAAUAAAUUUGGCUCUCACAAUUAAUCCUGUCAAAUCAGAACCCAAAAAUGAACCAGUAAACGUUGCUCCCAGGUAAACAUUUAAAUCAAAUUAUUUUGUGCCAUAUCAUAUGCCUCAUGCAUUAUCCUCACAGGAGUAAUGCCUUGCGGUAAGGUGUGAUUUAAGAGGGGUGUAGGGCCUUUAGUAACCCUGUUUACAAAAAGCAAAGCUUUUUGUGACAAGAGCCCUACACAUUAGAUGGUUUUAUUUUGUAAUUGACAUGAGUCACUAAAUAAUGAAGUAAUUGGUCAGCAAAAAUUGAAUGAUUUCAUUCAGAGUUGUUAAUAUGGAAACGGUAUUCACAACUCUGACACUGAGGGUUUGUCACAAAGAAAAAAAAUCAUUUGAAAGUCAGCUGUGAGCCAAUAAAGAGGAGUGUCCUGCAGGCUUAAAUAACUGUCAAAUGCCUCAUGUGUCAGGCUAUUAAAUGUUAAGGAAUGGACAAAGUAUGCCAAGUGUCUUGGAAUUGAAGUUGCAUAAUGUAAGCCAUCAUUCAAUACAUAAUUGUUUAAGA